GAGUUGCGUUGUGUGCCGCGUACGAGUCGGACGUCGAGAAUUGCGUGAGUACAGCGUCGGUAAUCGCUCGAUACGAUUACAGCCGGCAAAGUCAACCCGAAGUGCCAGUGUUUCUCUAUUCUGUGUAGUGUGAUUCGCAUAUCAUAAUCAAUAACUGAAAGCAGAAGGUGACACAUGUACAAAACGUCGAAAAAUUGUGCACAUUUCAAGUGUGGAGGUUGAGAAACAGAAGCAAAAAAACAACAUAAGUGUGUUUGUUAUUGUUUUAGAGCAAAAACCACCAUCAAUACAGACAGUCUUUUUGCCGGUUGUGAAGGGUAUAUCGCCCCCCAUCCGAAGAUACGGAAGAAAAACACCGUGGAAAAAAAUUGCCAAAAAGAAAAUCAAAUCAUCUUAUGUAGAGCAACAAAGCAGGCGGUAAAGUUUUGGGAAGAUUUGGCGAAAGCGAGAUAGCAGUAAGCAGACAGCAGCAUCAUCUUCCUGUGUUUGGUCGUGGUAGUGUGUGUGUGUGAAUACAGCGUGUGUGUUGCAGUGUGCGUGCGCGAAUUGUUGUUGUACGGGAAGUCUCUCGCUCUCUCUCUCCGUCUCUGUCGCUCCUUCGUUUGCCAAAAAAGUGCAUCAAAAUGCAGCAGCAGCACCGUUGUGCAUCGUCGUGGUUGUGCCUGUGCUGCAGCAGCGCAUUGUUCGGCGUUUGAUAAGACGGUGCAGAGAAUGCAUUAAUUCUGCAAACCGGUGUGUGCACUCGCGUGUGCAGCAUCCGAUGCAGUUUGAUUGUCCUGUGAGUUAGGUCGAGCGCGCGCGCGUGUGUGUGGAUUUGUUUGUGUGUCUCUGCGAAAGUGGCAUCGUCGUGUUAUUCGGCAGAUAAGCGGAAAAAGGAAUUGUUUCGUCAGCGUGUGUGGUGUGGUUCUGAAUUUGUGAGGAAAACUGAGUGGGUUUUCCCUGGCCGUUUUUUAUUUGCUUUUUCGAAAAGAAAAGCCAACCGAAAGGAGUUCAUUGUGCAGUGUGUGUGAGUGUCGGUGUGUUGCGCGGGCAAGACCGGAACCCGGUGCACAGAAAUGCAAUCAAUGGCAGGAACAGUGAGCAGAAGCAGAAUGACGAGAUUGAAUUGGAUGCUGUUGGUGGUGUUGCUGGUGCAGUUCUGCUUUGAUACGGUUCGGUGCGAGUUCCAGUUUACCGUAACGCCCCAAAGCCGCCAGGUGUUUGAAGGUGAACCGGUCACAUUCGAGUGCCGGGCACUGUUUGAUGAUGAGAUCGAUUUUUCGUGGACGAGAAACGGUGUCGCCGUUCCGGUACACGAGCGCCUAAAUUUCGGCACACCGCAACGCAUUUACCAGAGCGGUUCGAAUCUCCAUAUCCGGGCAGUGAACGGAACGCUGGAUCCGGGCGACUACGUGUGUUUGGCAACGGCACGAGCAUCCGGUGCCCGUGUCGCAUCGCCCGCUGCUACGCUAGACGUUAUCGGAAUUUCGCCACCGGUCGUACAGCUGCUCAAGCACGAUCCGGAUCGUGGAAGCAUUUCGCUCAAAUGUCACUCGAGCCAGGAACCCGUCACCGAAGUCAUCGGCAACGAUGGCAAACCAACGGAAGAGACGCACGUCGAAUGGUACAGGAACGAGCAAAAGCUCUCGAAAUCACCGCACAUCGAGCUGCAGCGCCGGAAGCUGCACAUAAAAAACGCAUCAGCGAAGGAUAAUGGCGUGUACAGCUGUUUGCUGGUGGUGGUUGUGUCCCGCACGGACGGUAGCCGCCGGAUCGCCCUACGUAGCGCGAAAAACUAUCGGCUCAAGCUGAAGCCGGGCACGAAUUAUGGUGAGGGAAAAAUCGAUUGCACCAAGAACCACAAUUUACUGCUGUGCCGUGGAAAGCGAGGCGAUCGUCAGCUGAGUUCGCUGGCCGAAGGUUCCACCGAGCAUCCGGUGGUACCGAUGGGCGAUGAAGCGAUGGCACCGGCACAGCUUCAACUAGCCACCGAACGGCAAUCGUUCCCGGGUGGUCCAGCGCCCGUUCGUAUCGUGCUGCAUCCGGUCACGACGGUCGUUAAUGAGAGCCAACCGGUAGUGUUUAACUGUGGCUUCCGGGUGACGGGCAAUGAUAGUAGCGGCGGCGGCGGAUUCGUUCUACGCUGGCGGAAGGAUGGCAAAGUGAUUCGCCGGUGGGACAAUAUGGCGGAGGGUACGACGGUGCCGACGGACGAUUCCGUCACCAUGUCCGGGGCGACGGAAAGUAGCUCCAUGUUUCGGGAUGAUGCCCGCAUUCACGUAGACCGUACGAAUGGUUCGCUUGUGUUUGGGUCGGUUGUCGCGAGCGACGAAGGAACGUACGACUGUCAGAUAACGAACAAUGCGAGCGACUUUCUGGUCAGCUCAACGGCAGCGGAAUUGCAAAUCAUUUCAAACCUUCGCUUCACACCGAAACCACCGACGAGCAAAAAUCUGGAGCUUGGUUCGAUUGCGAAAAUCCACUGCAAAGCACAGGGCACACCAACACCGACCGUACACUGGACGGUGGUAACGGAGAACGGUCCGUCCGCUUCCGCGUUGCCCGAAUCGAUCGAGGACGUGAACGGAACGCUCGUGUUCCGGAACGUGUCCGCCGAACAUCGGGGAACGUACGCGUGUGUCGCGUCCAACAGUCAGGGUGAGAUCCGGGCGAGCGUUACGGUGAAUGUGGUAAUUGCACCGAAGUUUGAAAUCGCACCCGAAGGUUCGGUGCAGGUGUCCGAGCUCGGAUCGGUACAGUUCCAUUGCGUUGCGACCGGAGAUCCUAAACCAACGAUCCAGUGGGACAAGGAUCUGCAGUAUCUGCAUGGCCGGGCGGGCAGCACGAACAGUAGCGGCGAGGAGGAGCGCUACCGCAUUCUGGAGAAUGGAACGCUCGUCCUGACGGAGGUACAUCUGGAGGAUGAUGGACGGUACGGUUGCACCAUCGGGAACAGUGCCGGUUUGAAGCGAGAGGAAGUUCAUCUGAUCGUCAAACCGUCAGAUGGUAUGGUCCUGCCGGAAGAAUCAUCGGAAGACGGGUUCCUCAUAACGCGCGCCGUUCUCAUCACCAUGUCGGUCGCUUUUGCGUACAUAAUUCUCGUCGUUGGUCUUAUGAUCUGGUGCCGGCAUCGGCGGGCCGCCCGCAAAGCUCGCCUCAACUUGGGCUCCUCGAAAGAAAAUGGAGGUGAUGUCGAUCUAAAGAAUUGCGAAAUUGAACCAUGUCUUCCGGACAAAACUUCCACCGCUGGUGCUGAGAAUGGUGCAGUUAGCUCGGGUCGUUCGAGAAGCAAGCAAAAGAAUGGAUCUGCUGGUGGGAAAGAUCCGGCCUCCAACUGUCCCGACAACGGGCAGGACAAGAGUGAUGAUACGGUGAAUUCGAGCAAGUCGAAAAAAUCGUCCGGAUCGGGAUCUCUGCUAGAACAGCUUGCUGUGCCACGGUCGGCCGUCACCGAACUGUUGCAGAUCGGAAAGUGUGACUUUGGUGACGUAUACAUUGGCAAGAUACGGGAGAACGAUUGUCGGUUGCCACCACCGAAGGAGAGUGCCACCCAGGAACCGAUCGCUGGCGAUGAGGUGGGCCCGGGUACGGAGCUAACGACCGAGAAUGAGCGCAAGAGUCCCGUCACGAAGCGUCCCUCGAACGAAGAGCUGAACGCUAUUCGGCCGGAGAAUGACUAUAAGCCCGUCAUGGUGAAGGCACUGACGAAGGUAAAGGACGAACACUGCUGCGGCGAGUUCCGCCGGCAGCUUGAACUGUUCAGGACUGUGUCGCAUCGCAAUGUGGUGCAGCUGUUUGGACUGUGCCGCGAUAAGGAUCCACACUAUCUGCUGCUGGAGUACACUGACUGGGGAGACCUGAAGCAAUUCCUGCUGGCUACUUCACCGAUUACACCACCGAACGGAACCGUGGACAACAAGAAGGAUGCCGCCUCCAAACCACCGCCACUCAAUAUUCCACAGAUUCUCGCCCUGGCACAUCAAAUCGGACGUGGAAUGGAUGCUAUCUACAAGGCGCGCAUUAUACACAAGGAUCUGGCAACCAGGAACUGCAUCAUCAGCAGUGACUUUUCGGCCAAAAUCUCGAUGCCGGCGUUGGCCCGCGACAAGUACAGCAAGGAGUACUGCAAACAUCGAAACCAGCUGAUGCCGAUCCGUUGGAUGGCACCGGAAUGCUUCCAGGAGGACGAUUACUCCAUCAAGAGCGACAUCUUCUCGUUUGCCGUUCUCGUCUGGGAACUGUUUACCAACGCGAUCGAGCUACCGUUUAGGGAGCAAACCGAUGAGGAGGUGAUCACGUCCGCCCAAACCGGCAAGCUAGAGUGGAAGGUGGCAGAGAAGACGCCCGAGGCGUUACACAAGAUUUUGACUUCCUGCUGGUCGGCGAACCCGAAAGAGCGACCCUCGUUCAGCCAGCUCGUCGUAGCGAUUGGCAACUGUCUGCAGAGCGAAUAUCCCAAGGAACCGCAGGAAUAAGCGACCAGCGAACCGGGACGUGCUGGAAUCUAUCGAAUCAACCAUCUUCAUACAACGAGGUAUUAUUCAAAUGCAUCUCUUUUUUUGUACUAUAUACAUAUACGAUACUACCGGUAACGUAACGAUAUAAUGAUACAUUAUUGAAGUAAACUACAGACAGUUGGAGGGUUGGAGGGCACCGUUUGAUAAGAAGGCUAGGAUAGACUCAUACCGCCAUUAAGAAGAAUCGUACUGCAGACUAGAAGGGUGUAUUCGUCCGACGUUUUUUCUUCCAUUUGAUACACAACCUACAACAACGGCUAGGCAUUUGGGGAAGAGCGAGAUUCCGGACGGACGGAUUCCGGUAGGAUUAGGUUAGCAUUUAGUGGAAAUAUUUAUACACAUACAACUUUUGAUCCCAUGCUCUCAACCGGUCUCAAGACCAACCAAGAUUCGUAAGGUAAGGAUUCCGUCAGAUUCUUGGAAUCUGUAAGUGAGGACAAAUUUCGCCGCACUGCCCCAUUCAAAUCACUGCCGAAGCUGUCGGUGGACGACAGUCUGAACAGAAAAGGUCUGAAAGUAUUGCCAGCCCAUUGACACACACACAAACACACUCACUGUACACGUUUAUCAUCGUCACGUAUCUUAUCAUAUACACAUUAUUGUUCGCUUUUUGAACGUAUUACACCUACCACAGCAGAAUAUGGUAGCGAAUGUGUAUUGCUUCUCGAAACGAAACUCCAUUAAGUUGCCACGUUCUAGAUUUGCGGCGCGCCUAGAUGUAUGCAAUUGAUCCCAAAAAUCACUCCGAUAGUAUAACAAUCACUGUAUUGCAUACAUUUCGGCGCUUGCAAUUAAAACGAAAGCUUCCAGGAGCAUUGGCUAGGGAAGUAAUACACUUUCGCUAGAUAAUAAGUCCUCCCAAAACAUUGCUAUCGCGUGUGUGUGUGUGUGUGGUUCAAUGACACAUUUAUUAAGUAAACUUUACUGUAGUGGGGAAGCAAGCGCUGGGUAAAGUUUAUACUCAACAUAUACACACUGCAAACACACACACGCACAACCGAUAUAAUCUCAUACCUUCCAAGCGCAUUCUAUAGACCGAAGGCUAAACAGCCUAAGGUGGGUGAGAGAGAAACUGUCCCAAAUGCUUUUAUCGUCUGCUUUUGUGCGCCGUAUCUAAAUGCGCGAUUUAGCACAGAUAUUUCCACACAUUUAAUACACUCAAUAAUCUGAUAUCGGAGCGCAAGGGAGGAUUGGGGAACUGAAAACGCCAGCAUUGCAUUUAUUACACAGGUAGAGGAAGAACAAGAGCAGGCGGCAAAAGGACGAAUCGGGUUUUGUUGGUUCGUCUGGUUCUGCUAAGGGAUGCUGUCUAAUCCACACCAGAUAGUUGUGGCCGUUGGUAGAGGGUGAUGAGUUUUUUUUUUACAUUUUCCUUAUCAUUUGUACAUACAAAGUGUUGUCUGGUGCGUGGCUCCAAGUAGGGACACAGAUAUUUCCGGUGCACAAAUAGGUUAUCGCUUGGACAUAUCCUUUGGGAGAAAUUGUCGGUGUUUGCUGACCUCUGCCAUUAGUGGACAAUGUAGAACUAGAGCUCAUCUUUUCUGUGACCACUUUGCGAUAAGAUUCUCAUUAUUUUCUUCGUUUCCUCCUCAAAUUUAAGAAUCCGACUUAAAUUAAUCAAAUAUCUACUGAUGAGUUGGAGUUACCCGCCUAUCUAUUUCUCUGCCUGAGGACUCAAAGUUCUACAACUGUUUUAGAUAAUUUGUCCUCUAAUUUUCUCCCCCUAAAAAUUACGGUGUAAGGUCUGGGAGUUCUAGUUGUGUCUUUUGGAGCGAGUCCUGUAUUCUUGUCCACCGAUUGACGUUCAAAAUGUAUGCGCGUUCGAUGGUCCUUCUUGACGGAAGAUCGUCCCUAAAGUAGAAAAACCCCUUCAUUUUAAAAAGCGAAACCUUAUUUGUGCACCGAAUCGAGUCCUAGCUGUUUAAUUUACUUUUUAAUCGUUUUUUUUUUUUCUCACGAAGUUAGGAUGAGUGAAGUGAACAAAUGUCAUGCUUACUGCUAAAAAAUACUCCAGCCAUGCAAAGGAGCAAACCGUAACCGGUUAAACUAAGUUUGAAACGAAAAUUUGCGAAACAAAAAAAAAAAAUGAAGAAGUUGUCCAAAAUCUAGUCAUUCACAGCAUGGUUUUGUGUUUCUGUUCGCUCACCGCAAUUCCCACAAUUCGUACCGCAACCAUUAUAUGCCAUAUGAGCUAGCGUUUUAAAAUGGUUUCAAGUUAAAAUGGCUGCCGCCCACCACGUGCUGGCGAAGUAACAGCAAAUAGCGUACCGCUUGAAAGGGAAGUAUCAAUUCCGAGGAAGUCUCAUAUAGCAAUUAUAAGCUACAGCCCAGAAAUACACCGCCUGUAAGACUUCUUUCGUUUAGGGUUAAGUUUGAUUGGGUAAUUUAAUGGUAGGAAGGAAAGGAUUUAAUUUAAUAUUAUGAUAAAACUUUAACUAUUAAGCCACCGUUCCAUCGUUCGGUAAUGUGCUAGCUAGCUGAGCAGAAUAUGAUCUGGUACUCUUCCCGUUACUUUGCAAAAUUAACUUCCAAUCGAGAUGUAAUAUGAAGGAACCGGACACUAUGGAAGAAUGUUUGCUUUUUCUUACCUAAUCGUGUUAUUAUGGGUGGAAGCAGAAAAAUGAAGCUCUAAGCAUAUAUAUAAAAAAAAGCAUAAGGAAACAACCCGCAAAUCGUGAUGUGAAAACAGCAGAAAAAUCAAUAAAAUUAAAUAUUAUCUAAAACCAGUA